AUGUCGCGUCGGGUCCGAAGUUGCCAAGAGUGGGAGGUGCGUGCUUCUACUUUUGCUUUGAAAACAACAAAUCCCAUACGGAAAAUCGUUGAAAAUUUACAAGUUGAGCCGAAUCCUGAAAAGGAAUUCAUAGCGCUAUCCAUUGGUGACCCUACAACUUUUGGGAACCUUAAUCCCCCGGAACAAGUUUUGCAAGCUGUGAGGGAUAGUAUUGAAUUACAUACGAGUCGAGGAUAUGGACCUUCGAAAGGUCAUAACGAGGCACGUGCUGCCGUUGCGAAGUACAGUGCCCAUCAGGGUGACGUAGAUCCUGAAGAUGUGAUACUCACGAGUGGAGCUUCUCAUGCUAUUGAAAUGGCCAUAACUGCGAUCGCUGACAGCGGACAGAAUAUUCUGGUUCCCCGACCUGGUUUCAUGAUAUAUCAAACACUAGCAGAAGGUCUUGGGAUAACAAUCAAAUUCUACAGUUUACUCCCUAACGAGCAGUGGAAAGUUGACCUUGAUGAUUUGGAAGGCCAAAUUGACGAUGACACUGCCGCCAUUAUCGUCAUUAACCCCUCAAAUCCAUGUGGUUCAGUUUAUGAUAAGGAACAUUUAAUAGAAAUUUUAGAUAUAGCUUCUCGAAACCGAGUGCCGAUUAUAGCUGACGAAAUCUACGAGCACUUCGUUUUCUCGGGCCACAAAUUUACACCGAUCUCAGCGAUAUCGGAAGAUGUUCCUGUGCUGACAUGCAGCGGCCUCACAAAGCGGUUCCUAGUUCCGGGUUGGAGAAUGGGUUGGCUGAUUAUACACGAUCGCAAUAAUAUUUUAGGGAAGGAGUUGCGAGGAGCGUUGGGCAAUAUAUCAACCAGGAUUCUCGGCCCCAGUACUUUAAUUCAGCGAGCUUUACCAAGCAUUCUAGAAUAUACACCGCAAAGUUUCUUCGAUGACGUGUUGUUGUUUAUCGAGAAUCAAGCUAAGUUAGCAUAUAAAGAGUUAUGUAUGGCACCCGGAUUGAGACCCAUUAUGCCUCAAGGUGCUAUGUACAUGAUGAUCGAAAUAAAAAUGCAAUUCUUCCCAGAAUUUAAAAACGAAUGCCAAUUUUUGGAACACUUAGUGGCGGAGCAAUCGGUAUUCUGUUUACCUGGACAGUGUUUUAAAUAUCCUAAUUACUUGCGAAUCGUGUUAACGGUCCCGGAAGAUAAGUUACAAGAGGCCUGCCGAAGAAUCAUCAUAUUUUGUAAAGAACAUAUCGUUUAUGCAGAGAAACGGUUGGAAAAUAUGAUAAAUGAGGAGUCCAAUAAUAUACAAAUAUGCGAUAGCAACCUACCUCAAGUCUCUGACGUCUGA